AUGUUAAGUGCAUUAAGUAUAGUGGUAUCCAGCGUAUAUUUGAAAAAACCAACAUUUGUAUACAAGCUGUACGAAUAUCAUGACAUUCACUUUGGUAGUCGCCUUCUUAAUGUUAGUCUCUGGGUUAAGAACGUCUGGAGACAGUUUGUUCCCUAUCUACCAUAUUAUCUAAUUGGUUUAAUUUUCUUACAAACGGCUUUUGGUUUGAUUGAAUUAUCGCACCCAGAUAACUCCAUACCAGUGAACCGGUUUGUAACUCCGCUUCAUAUCGUACCUGAAUGGUACUUUUUAGCAUAUUAUGCGGUGUUAAAAGUAAUCCCAUCCAAAACCGGUGGUUUGUUAGUAUUUAUGUCCUCUCUCAUUAACUUAGCUCUUUUAUCUGAAAUUCGAGCUUUGAAUACUCGAAUGUUGAUACGACAACAUUUUAUGACUCGAAAUGUAGUCAGUGGAUGGGUAAUUAUUUGGGUAUACAGUAUGAUCUUCUUGAUUAUUAUUGGUAGUGCUAUUCCACAAGCGACUUAUAUCUUAUAUGGUAGAUUAGCUACUAUCGUAUAUCUUACUACCGGAUUGGUUCUAUGCUUAUACUAA